AAUACCCAGAGAGGAUGGAAAUGGCGAAGUGGCCUAGCGCCUGCCCGCUCCCGCGCAUGCUCCCUGACUUCACCAGGGUCACGCUGCAGCCCGCAGGAAGGAAAAUCCACUUCUCCGCGUUUUGGAGGUGACCUGGAAGCGGUUCAAAUGCUCUGGCUUCUCAGAAGAGGAGGGGACCGGGCGGUAACGAGGAGCCAAGGGGAGGCGACGGCUCGUAAAACCCGGAAAAGCUUUCCCGAUCCACUCUGCGGGCCUCCGAGCGCCUCCAGACAUGCGCAGUAGCCUCUCCCGCGGUGGCGGCAGUGGCUGCCGUGGCUGCUGAGUGUCCAGAGCCGGACGUUCCGGCCGCUUCGGGCUGGCGGCUGGAGAGCGCCCGCGUCAUGUCGGCCCAGGGGGACUGCGAGUUCCUGGUGCAGCGAGCCCGGGAGUUGGUGCCGCAGGACCUGUGGGCAGCCAAGGCGUGGCUGAUCACGGCCCGCAGCCUCUACCCCGCAGACUUUAACAUCCAGUAUGAGAUGUACACCAUCGAGCGGAAUGCAGAGCGGACCGCCACCGCUGGGAGGCUGCUGUACGACAUGUGAGUGGGACGCUUGCCAUCACUUUUACUGCACUGCAUCUCUCCAUGAGGUUUUGUUUCUGUCUGCAGAAGUGGGAGUUGGGGGAAGAUCUUCAAGUUCAUCUACAUCUUCGAUACCUAAAGCAAACCUAGUUUGUGAAUUUCCCAGACCAGCCGGUGGUGUGGAGAGAAAUCAGCAUUAUUACAUCAGCAUUAAGGAAUGAUUCACAGGACAAACAAACCCAAUUCUUAAGAAGUUUAUUUGAAACUCUGCCUGGUCGGGUCCAGUGUGAAAUGUUACUAAAGGUCACGGAACAAUGCUUCAACACUUUAGAACGAUCAGAAAUGUUGCUUCUACUUUUGAGGCGCUUCCCUGAAACGGUGGUGCAACAUGGGGUUGGCCUUGGGGAGGCACUGUUAGAGGCUGAAACUAUUGAAGAACAAGAAUCUCCUGUGAACUGCUUUAGAAAAUUAUUUGUUUGUGAUGUCCUUCCUCUAAUAAUUAACAACCAUGAUGUUCGACUGCCUGCCAAUUUAUUAUAUAAGUACUUGAACAAAGCAGCUGAAUUUUAUAUCAAUUAUGUCACUAGGUCUACUCAAACAGAAAAUCAGCAUCAAGGUGCCCAGGAUACAUCUGAUUUAAUGUCACCUAGCAAACGUAGCUCUCAGAAGUAUGUAAUAGAAGGGCUGACCGAAAAAUCAUCCCAGAUCGUGGACCCUUGGGAGAGGUUGUUUAAGAUUUUAAAUGUUGUUGGAAUGAGAUGUGAAUGGCAGAUGGAUAAAGGAAGACGAAGCUACGGAGAUAUUUUGCAUAGAAUGAAGGAUCUCUGCAGAUACAUGAACAACUUUGAUAGUGAAGCACAUGCGAAAUAUAAAAACCAAGUGGUGUAUUCCACCAUGCUGGUCUUCUUUAAGAAUGCAUUCCAGUAUGUCAACAGCAUACAGCCAUCUCUCUUCCAAGGUCCUAAUGCCCCGAGCCAAGUUCCACUGGUUCUUCUCGAAGAUGUAUCGAACGUGUAUGGUGAUGUAGAAAUUGAUCGUAAUAAACACAUCCAUAAAAAGAGGAAACUAGCUGAAGGAAGAGAAAAAACCAUGCAGAGUUCAGAUGAUGAAGACUGUUCGGCGAAAGGAAGAAGCCGUCACAUCGUAGUCAAUAAAGCCGAACUUGCUAACUCCAUUGAAGUGUUAGAAAGUUUUAAAUUGGCCAGGGAGAGCUGGGAGUUGCUCUAUUCCCUAGAAUUCCUUGACAAAGAAUUUACAAGGAUUUGCUUGGCCUGGAAGACGGAUACUUGGCUAUGGUUAAGAAUCUUCCUCACUGAUAUGAUCAUCUAUCAGGGUCAAUAUAAAAAGGCGAUAGCCAGCCUGCAUCACUUAGCAGCUCUCCAGGGAUCCAUUUCUCAGCCACAGAUCACAGGGCAGGGGACCCUGGAGCAUCAGAGGGCACUCAUCCAGCUGGCAACGUGCCACUUUGCACUAGGGGAGUACAGAAUGACAUGUGAAAAAGUCCUUGAUCUGAUGUGCUACAUGGUACUGCCCAUUCAAGAUGGAGGCAAAUCCCAGGAGGAACCCUCAAAAGUAAAGCCCAAAUUCAGAAAAGGUUCGGAUCUGAAGCUCCUGCCAUGUACCAGCAAGGCUAUCAUGCCAUACUGCCUGCAUUUAAUGUUAGCCUGUUUUAAGCUUAGAGCUUUCACAGACAACAGAGACGACAUGGCAUUGGGGCAUGUGAUUGUGUUGCUUCAGCAGGAGUGGCCACGGGGCGAGAAUCUGUUCCUGAAAGCUGUCAAUAAAAUUUGCCAACAAGGAAAUUUCCAAUAUGAGAAUUUUUUCAAUUACGUUACAAAUAUUGAUAUGCUGGAGGAAUUUGCCUACUUGAGAACUCAGGAAGGUGGGAAAAUUCAUCUGGAAUUACUACCCAAUCAAGGAAUGCUGAUCAAGCCUUCUAGCCCUCCCAUGGGGUUGCUGCAGCAGGAAUUCUUACCUGUGCUUCAGCCCAGCAUACAGACUGCUGACAGGUACCAAGUGGAAUAAACGCCCGCUCAUAGUGUGCUGUUUGUCAACAUGUUCACUGCCCAUGGUUCUCAGCUCUUUGUUCCUCAGUGCUCUUUUUCAUGCUUUCUUUAUUUUUUAAUUUGUUCUGCAUUUUGGCAAACCAUCUGGUUGUAAUAUUGUAACAUUUCUUAUUUUUUUCCAUAAGUUGCCAGUGUGUUUGUGUUCGAUUUAAAAAUCAUUAUGGAUCUAGAAAAAAAAUGAAAGCUAUUUAAAACUGUAUUCAAUUACGUGCACAUUAGCUUAGGUGCACUAUGAUUCUCUUUUGAUAAAACGUUAAGGCUUUUGGUCAUAUACAUUUAAGGAUGCUGACAUUUAUUUUAAGUACAUUUUUACUUGUGGCUAUUCAUACGAGUGACCAGUCAUUAUGGUCAUAUUACAAUUAGUUGCCUGGUAUCUAAAUAGGCACUAAUGUGGUUUUUUUCCUGCUACUGAUGUUUUUUGAGACCUUACCUUUCUGAAUUGAAAAUAUUUGAUAGGCUAAAAUGCCACAUUUAUUAGCUGGUUUAUCCUAUUCUUAAACCACAACAUCUUACUCUCUUUUUCAUCCAAACUUACCAGAGUGAUAGUGGCUCUAAUAGAAAUAUAAUUGAACUGUGCCACUCUUUAUAUAUAGAGAUAAUACAACUGGACCCUGAUCGGCAGAAUGUAGCAUUUAGUUAUAUUUUUAGUGGUAUUAAAAGCAGGGUUUAUUAGCCAGACCUGGUGGCAUGUGCCUGUAAUCCCAGCUACUUGGGAGGCUGAGGCACAAGAAUUGCUUGAACCCAGGAGGCAGAGGUUGCAGUGAGCUGAGAUCAUGUCACUACACUUCAGCCUGGGUGACAGAGCAAGACGCCAUCUAAAAAAAAAAAGGAGGGUUUACCCUUUAGCUAACCGUCUACAAAUGCCAGUAACCUCCACAUGGUCAGAGGGUCAGCCCCAAUUUGAGGCUGCAGCCUGGGAUCCAGACGAGCAGUAUCUCAGGGCAGCAUAAAAUGGUUUGCAUCUAUCCCAGUGGGACCUCACUGACACUAUGUCCUAACUACUGAGCUACCCACCCAGACCUGAUGAGAGACAGUCACAAAGAACUGCGCAUUAACCCCACAACCCUGCUGUUUUCCUCUGUAGUUCUUUAAAACAUCCACGGGCAUUAGAAGGUUCUGUAAUAGCUUUACUUAUCUAACAAAGCUGGAUUUUUUUUUUCAUCUGUCGUUUUACAACUUGGUGACUCCUGUUGUCCAUAUUUGAUAUGAUAAUUAAUACAAGUUUUUAAAAACAGAAACAUUUUAGAGUAAUUUCAACACUUUUAUCUUGCCCAGGACAUAAAAAGUCUUCAGUUUCAAUCCUUAUAACUUUGUGUGAGGGAAAUUAGCAGCAGGGUGGGAAACAGAGGUGACUUUUAUUUGUCUGAGUCUACCAAAUUGCUGAACUAGUAAGGUACAACUCCCUUCCUCUUAACUGAGCUGACUGAUUUUUGCUAGAUUUUUCUUUUCCUUUCUUCAUUUUGUUUCUUCUGUUUUCUGGGAUUUCCUGUGUGAUUUCUUUUUCUAAAGCACGACUUUUGGGGCGUAGAGACCUUUUUGGCCUUUGUCCCCACCACCCCUUCCACACACGUGCAGGUCUCCCCUGAGCACCCGGACAGCAUAGGACCACGCAGUCCACUGCCUCUGCCCCUCAGAGAUUCUGCCUCUCUCUCCCGACCUGUGCCACAUUCUCGUGUCAGGACCCCAGUUCCCCCUGCGUUUUCUCCAACAUAUGAGAGUCUAGAUGGGCACAGCAUUUAGAGGAGCUGCCCUGUUCUGGUGUCCUGGGGAGAGAGAUGUGCCCGUGACCCAGCUAUGCAGGAGCCCUGAACCUUUCUGGGAGCACCAGCUGCGGGGACCAUGGUGGUAGCUUACUUGGGUGAUUGGCUCAUUCAGGUCUCCCUCCUCCUUGCUGCUGCCUCUGGAGGGUCUGCUGGCCUGGCUGGACACGAGCUCUUUGUAGCCAGUAUGGACUGGACCCAUUUGGCCCUAAGUAACUGAAGUGUGUACUAGUCAGCAGUAGGGAUGCAUAACACCAGAGUUUCAUUGAUUCAAAGGCAAAGCAGGUGGCAUUUCACUGAACAGUUAAGUGUUUGAAAUAACCUUUUAUAGAGUGGGAAAGAUGUCUGUCUAGUUUUAGGUCUUUCUGAAAAGGAAUGGGCUGGAAUGUUUGGUUGGUUGCAGCUAUUCUUGUGUUCUUUUUAAAAUAUCUUAACUUAUACUUAGAUAUGGGGCAGGCUUUAUUCCUACCCAAGUAGCAGCAAUCAGUGAUGCUGGUGCUAACCCCUGGUCUUUGUCUGUUUCCCUAUUGCUGACCUCAGGCACCACACGGUAACUCGAGGCAUCACCAAAGGCGUGAAGGAGGACUUUCGCCUGGCCAUGGAGCGCCAGGUCUCCCGCUGUGGAGAGAAUCUGAUGGUGGUUCUGCACAGAUUCUGCAUUAACGAGAAGAUCUUGCUCCUUCAGACUCUGACCUGAGUGGAGACCUUUCCACCAGACACAGCUCGGGACUGUGUCAUUUUAGGAGAAGACACCCAGCAGUGAUUGACGUGGCACGCAGCCGUGGUCAUUGUUGCUGUUACAAAGAAGAAAACCAGCUGAGUUCUAACUCCUUGGUUCCUUAAAAGUAGUUCCCAAGAGUCUGACAAGUUCUCUCUAUUUUUAAGAGUCAUUUUUUGUAAUUUUUGUAAAACAAAGACCCAAUCUGUUUUGUAAAUAAAAAUCAUCCUAAAAGUUGAAGUUUUUAAAAA